AUGUCUCGAUCUCCUCUCGUGUCGCUGAAAAUCUUCCACGCAAUCUUCUCCGCAUUGGGUAUGGCCCCCUGCGAACUCCAGAUUUCAACUGCAAGAUCAUCUCAACCAACCCUCAAAUUCAUCAACUCCCGGACAGGUUGCAUUUACAAUUUUGUACUAUUAAUCUACAUCGCCUUCACAGUCUGCUACUUAAUACCGAAUUACGUGACGGAAGGAUUGGGUUCUCUGGAGGAAAAAAUCGCCAAGAGUGCGUUAGCAACGAUGGGAAACACCUCAGCAUUCAUAAUCAUCAUUUAUAACGCCAUAUACCAACGAGAAUUCGUUAAAAUCGGCAAUCAAUUGUGCAAAUUCGAUGCAAAAAUCGAUCUACCUUGGACUAACGAAACAUUCCAGCAACUGAUUAAUGUCUCCUGGAUUACACUUCUCUGGUUAGGGGUACUGAUAACAGAAGGAUUCAAUGAUUUCAAUGUGUGGCAUUUUCUGAUUCACGUUCCAAACUCAAUAGUCUGCUGUUGGCUCGUCCUGCAAUACAGUCUAGCCGGAAAAGCUCUCCAAAUGAGAUUCCAAAUCCUGAACAGAUUAUUCUCGGAGGUUGAUGCUGCUGCAGGUCCGUUGGAGAGUCUCCGGAAUCUAAGAGCGACAAGAAAUUUUCUCUGGAAGACAACUCGGGGACUUUCAAAAUUUUAUUCACUGACCAUUUUAUUUGCCAUUGGUAAUCUCUGCUUUGAUACCGUCAUUGGUGUGUAUUACUCCAUCGCACAGGUACUCAAUUCUUCCGGUACGAAAAUUUCUAUGGACGCGAUCAACGGCUUCUUCUGGACCUGCGUCCAGAUAUGCCCGAUCAUCUACUUGAGCAUUGCGAUUAAGAGGCUUAUGAAAGAAGUUUGUAUCCUUUGUCAAUCAGUAGGGAUAUUUCCUAGAAUUUUUCUUUACGAUGAGAUCAACGAAUUUUCCCUAGAAUUGUUCCACAAACAAAUACCCUUCACUGCCUAUGGUUUUUUCUCGUUGGACUGCAGCUUACUCUUCUCGAUAGUAAGUACAUUAGUGACGUACGAAAUCAUCGCAGUUAAGUUCGAUCCACCUGACACUGAAGACAUCACUCCAACCUUCUCCGGUCAUUAA